GCGCAGGGGCUGCGGCGCUCGCCUUCUAGACUCAUUCUGUGCUCAGAUCUCGUCCGCAGCGGUCGGUUCUCGCUAACACUUGGCGAACGGUCGGCAGUGAGCCGGCGCCGCCGUCGGCCAUGGACCACGAAGAGGACAAGUCCCUCUCUCUGGGAACAGAAGUUUCCGCUUCCGCGCCGCCGCCGAGCCCUCUCACGGGAUGCUACCUGCUGGCGGUGAUCGGUGAGCCCCACACGCAGGAGCAUAAGGAGAUAAUUCUGCAGCGCCUCGUUAAAGGACUGCUAUCAUGGGACUCCAGCGAACACCAGGUCGACUUGGAGAAGGAGUUGGCCACCCUCACGGCGCAGGCACCCGAGGGGGAAGAGGCCAGAAAUGGCGAGCGUCUGAUCCAGUACGCUUCAGAGAACCUCGUGACAGAGAUCCUCAUCCAUCCUCAGAUGAACACGCUGAUGCAGUGCAUGAGGAAUCUGCUCAGCUCAUUUACACGACAUAGACACUUGGUCCACGCUGGUUACACCUUCGGUGGAAACGGCUCCUGGAUCAUGCAGGACGGAACAUUUUCCCUUGCUGACUUCACAGACGCGUACCAAGAAAAUGAGGUGCAACGCGUCAUACGUGCUUACGAGAAUUCCAUCUCGAUUGAUAUACAUUGCUCAGUGGCAGGUGGCGAGUGGACUAACCUUCCUAACAUGCCUUUCGUUAAGCACUGCAAGAUUCGUGUUAACCCAACAGAUAAAUUAGACUCCGGCUCUAAAGCCAUCAAGGAUUUUACUGCGUACUUGGAGCCGUACGUGGUUCCAGCCAGUCUAGAACAGCUGCUGGUUCCCAGCGAUGUGGUGGGAAACAUCCGCUUCACUCACCCCACCCUCUACGUGUUCCCGGGGGGACAGGGCGACGCCGCACUCUUCGGGAUCAAUGGAUUCAACAUGCUUGUGGACGGCGGGUUCUCUCGCAAGGCCUGCUGGUGGGAUUUCGCGCGGCACCUGGACCGUCUGGACGCCGUGCUGCUCACCAGGCUAAACAACUGCUCGGCGUCAGGCAUAGCGGCCGUGUUGCGCCGCAAGGCCACCGCCAACGUGUACCCGCAGAUCGGACACUUCUUCUGUAACCUAGAAGAACGUCGUGGAGCGUCAAGUCCUGACGGUGACAAGGAUGGCGACCCGCUCCUCGUCUCCCUCAUGCAGAUGGGAGGGGACAUGAUGGGCGACCUCCGACACAUCAACCUGAAGCCACAACACUGCUACCGGAGCCCUGACCCCGUCAACCUGUACCAUAAAGUUGGACACGGAACGUUGGAUAUGUACGUACUGAAUCCGUCCAAAGACUCCAAAUAUGUGCGAGAAUUUUUAAAAGAGUGGCAUAACAGCGAACAUAAAUUAUUUGAAGGUGCCACUGCAUCAGGACCUUUUAAUUUUCCAAUUCCAAACUUAGUUUCAAUAUGUGCAUUAUUAGUCUGGCAUCCAGCUAGUCCCGAAGAUAAUAUAACACGUAUAAUGUUCCCUGGAUCAACACCUCAGCACAAAAUUUUUGAAGGCUUGGAAAGAUUAAAACAUUUAGAAUUUCUUCAGCAUCCAACGUUUACCGGUAAACAAAUGACACCAACGCCUGUUAUCAGUCAAACUAGGACUGCAGCACCUGUAAAAUAUAGUAAAGUUGUUUCUACAAAAGUAGUGAAAGACAAAGUACCAUCCGACAAAAAAGAUGAGAGGUUACUGGAGGCUGAGUUCCAAUCAUUAAAAAUUGAUAAGAUUAAAGAUGAUGUGUCUAGAAAUAUUAUUGAUAAUAAACUAAUAAGUGAGCUGGUGGAUGAAGGGGAGAAACAACUAAAGUCUGUAAUUCAAGACGCAAUAAUAGCGAGAGGUGAUUUGCAAUUAGAUAACAAGUUUUCACAUGAUGAAACCACAGUUGUAGAUGGAUUAACAAAAAAAGGGGAAUCUAAAAAAAGAGAUAAAGUUUUCGAUAAAAAAUUAAAGCGUUCUGAUAUUCCUGAUACUUAUAAAGAUGUAACACAUAAAGGUGAGUUAAAAAAAGGAACUGACAUUGACGAUAAACCUAAAAUUGAAAGUAAGAAAAAGAGUGAAAAGUUCCGAAAUGAAACAAUGUCCACGGCCAUUCACAAAAGUGGAAAAAUAAAUCAACGGCUACAAUCUAACAAAGUUAUUGAGAAAAAAAUAUUAUCUUCUGUUAUAACUGAAAAGAAAGCUACAGAUGAAAAGAAAAGUCCACCAAUUACACCGAAAAAAAUAACUGAUAUUAAACUACAUUCACAAGUUUUAAAAGAAAAAUCAAAAAUUAAAUUAAGAAAAAUGAGUCCAGGCAGUACACCUGCAAAAAGUGUCAAAGAUGCUAGUAAUAGAAGAGUGGUAGAGUCAAGAUAUAAACAAGUUUCUCCAAAACGAGAUCUAACUGGCAAGGCACCUGAAAAAAAGGAAACAAAAACAAAGCGAGAACCAAUUUCUAGAAGGCCAAGACCUGUAUCAUCCCCAGUAAAAGGAUUAAAAUCAAGCAAGAGCCCUAUAAAAUCAACAAAAACAACCAAAAGUGAGCCAUCAAAACUGAAAGGCUUGCAAAGGGUAAAUUAUGAAGACAUCUUAAAAGAAGCCAAGAAGUCGGACGAAGAUACUUCCAGGUCUUUUGAUGAUAUAAAACAACAAGAAAUAGAUGAAAGAGAAGAACAAGAAAUCGUAAGAGAAAUUGAGGCAGUCUUCAAUCGUGACAGUGAGGCAGAGGAGAAAAUUGAAUUUGUGGGUCGAUCCGAUAUAGAAAAAAUCACUUAUCUUCUUAGAGAAAAUAAAACAAAUGAGAUUAUCGAUGGUGAUUUUGAAGAUGAAUAUCUUAUAAUUGAAAAAGAAGAAGUGGAUGCACCUGAAAAUAUUGACAAAACUGAAUUACAAAAACACCUACAAGAUGCACAAGAAACCGAAAAAAACAAAGGGUUUCGAGAUGAUGACGCAGACGAUGGGUGUAAAUAUAUUUCAAUAGAACAGGCAAAGAAGGCCGAGUCAGAACAUUCAAUAAGUGUUGAGGAAAAACAAGAUAGGAGUAGUGAGAAAAAGACUUUAGAUAGCAAAGGUGCUGUUGUGAAGUUAAAAGAUUCAGUCGAAAAUAUUCUUCACGAAUCUCAUCACGACGAAAAAAUUUCAAAUACAGUAGAAUCGGGUGCUACAACUGCACCCACGCUUCCAGAAGAUGAAAAAAUUACGCUAGAUGAAAUUAAAGAGAAUGGACAGUUUGAGCAAAAAGAUGUUGAACCAUUGAAACAAACAACAUCUCAACAAGUUAUGGAGAAAUUACAAAAACCCACUAACUUUGAAAAAAAAACAUUACAUGAUUCAAAGCCAAUGCCAAUAAGAGAUAUCGUCAAAACGCCCGAUGAAGUUGCUGACUUACCACUGCAUGAAGAAGUUGAUUAUAGAACUUUUGACGAUAAAAAAAUAUCACAUAAAUUCGAUCCUAAUAUAAAAGAUCUAAGGACAUCGCCCAAAGAUUUAACACUUCCAAUUCAUAAAGAUAUGACGGUUCAACAAGAUUUAGUUAUUAAAACUAUAGAGCGUCCGUCCCAUGCUGAAUUAGUAACUGUUACUCCGGGCUCAGCACCUGAGUCACCUAUGUAUCAAGAACAAUUUAAGAUAGAACAAGACUCUGUUAAAGAAUUUGGAAGUACUGAAUUCAGUUAUCAGCAAUACACAGAAAAAUUAAGCGAAACUCAUAUAACAACGCUUGAUUCUCCCAAUAAGAAUAUUGAAGUAGUAGUAGACUUACAAAAUGUACAAACAGACAAGAUACCAUCGAUACCAGAAGAUAUUGAAAAAGAAAUGGAGGAAGAGCAUGGAUUGAAACAUUCUGAAUUGAAUUUAGUAAUUCAAAAAGAUGUUGAUAAAAUAGUAGCUGAUGUAGCUGAAAUAUUAAAGUCUGACAAAAGUUUAGAAGAAUUGAUUGCAGAAAAAUCUCCAAUAAUUACCUCAGAAGACAAAAAGAAUAAAGAUGAUACUACACCAAAACUAAUGACUACAGAAUUUGGUGUUACACCGCAAUCAUUACAAAACACACCGAAAACAGAUAAGCUUUCUAUGGUGGUCAGUGAUUCAUCGGAAAAAAGUGCAGAGAGGAUGUCUCAAAUCCAAAAACAAGUAUCUCCGAUAAAGUCAAUCGAAUCUGAAGAAAUAAGUGAUAUUUCUGAGAAAACCAUUUUAAGUGAUGGUAAAAAGACAUCUGGUUUAGUAGAGGAUAAUAGUGAAGAAAAAAGUGAAAACGACUCCUCAAAGACACGUAUCAGUGUAACCUUGGAUUCAGCUAGAACACUUGAGAAAUUAGAAGAAAAAAUUGCAGAAUUAAAGGAAUUAGAUUUAUGCCAGAUGGAAUCAUUCAUAAAUGAAACUAAAGACGAUAUCAAAAUUAUUGAUAUUAAAAGGCUAAGUGAUAAUUUUAAGCAUGAAUCGAAAGAUGCAAUUGAUAAGUUAACGGAAAAAACAGAGAUUUCCGUAAAAGAAAAGAAAAAAGAAGGAAAGUCUGUUAUUGGUAGUUUUAUGAAUAAAUUUGAUGAAAAGCUAAGUAAAGCUAAAGGACUUUUUUCACGGAAACCUACUCAGAACAUGUCCCAAGAAAAGGAUGUACAAAAAAUAGAAGAAACACAAAAAGAAACUUUACAUAAUAUUGAGGAAGAGUUUGAAAAAAAUUUAACAGUAGAAGAAAAGUACUUGCUAGAGUUAAUCCAAUUUGACACAGAUAUCCAAGAUUUUUUGAAUCAAUAUUAUAUUUAUUCAGAGCCUGACUAUAAUAUAAAUGAAAAAUGUGAAGAAAUAAUUGAAAAUGGUAUAAAAAUACAGCGGUUCACAGUAACGAGAACCAUAAGAACUAAACUUACAAGUUUUAAUGGAACUGUACACAAAAUGAAAACUACAGCAAUUGUAACAAUCAGAAAUGUCUACCCUAAUGGUACUUUUAAUGUCAAAGUAAGCGGAAAUACUAUUUUAACAGAUUUAGAUGGCGAUGAUGAAUUUUUAGUAAAUGAAUUAAAUGAUUUUAAUUUGAUUGAGCACAAAUCUAUAAGCGAAGAUAAAAAACAGAAAGAUCUAAAAAUAAAUGAUAAAUAUAUUAAAGAAAUUAUAGAAAUCAUAAUGACGAGUGAAAUAUUGACUAACAAGUUAAAAAAAGCUUAUAAAAUAAAGAACACAGCAACAAAAACGAAACAUAUUUUGAUAUCUGAUUUACGAUACAUAACACAAAUAAUUUCAGUAACUUUAGCUGAUUAUGAUAUGAAAACAAAAAAAGCUAUUGGAAGAGAAAAGGUUACUAAAUUCCUUGUGACAUACAAUCAACUUGAAACAGACUUAGAUCAUACAAAGGAUGAAAAGCAAACGCAGAAGAGCCCCGUUAUAGAUCGUGUGCCUGAGAUUAAGGGUCAAGAUUUAUUGGCUGCUGCUAAGGUCAGUCAUUUGAAGGAAGAGAAAGAUAGAUCGCCUGAAAAAGAUCUAGAUGAAGCGAAAGAUAUGCCACUUGUCGUAGAGCAUGCAAAAAUGGAUGCUGCUAAAAGUCCAUCUCAAGUUGAAACUGAACAAAAACCAGGUAAAAUAUCAUCACCUGAAUUAAGUGAAGCAAGUGAAAAAGAAGUGGUCGAGGAAAAAGUCAGUUAUUUGAAGGAAGUAAAGGUAAAAUCACCGGAGAAAAGCCUAGAUGAGGAGAGAGUGUCGCUUAGUGUCGACAAACUAGCCAAAGUGGCUAUAGGUAAAGUUCCAUCCCCAGUUGAUACGGAAAAAGAACCCGAAAAGCCUUCAUCGCUGGCAUUGAUUGACGCAAGUGAAACAGAAUUGGAUCAUACAAAGGAUGAAAAACAAAUGCAAAAGAGCCCUCUAUUAGAUGAUUUGCCUGAACUUAAGGGUCAUGAUUUAUUGCCUGAUGCUAAGAUUAGUCAUUUGAAGGAAGAGAAAGAUAAAUCACCUGAAAAAGUUCUAGAUGAGGCGAGAGCGAUGCCACUUGUCACAGAGCAAGCCAAAAUUGAUGCUGCUAAAAGUCCAUCUCCAGUUGAAACUAAACAACAACCCGGUAAAAUAUCAUCACCCAAAUUAAGUGGAGCGAGUGAAAAAGAACUGGUCGACGAUGAAGCCAGUUAUUUGAUGGAAGAAAAGGAAAAAUCACCCGAGCAAGACGUUGAUGAGGCAAAAGUAUCCCUUAGUGUGGACAAACAAGCCAAAGAGGAUAUCGGCAGAGUUCCAUCCCCAGUUGAUACAGAAAAAGAAACCGAAAAACCUUCAUCGUCGCCAUUGAUUGACGCAAGUAAAACAGAAUUGGAACGUACAAAGGAUGAAAAACAAACGCAAAAGAACCCUGUAUUAGAUGAUUUGCCUGAACUCAAGGGCCAUGAUUUAUUGGCUGAUGCUCAGAUCAGUCAUUUGAAGGAAGAGAAAGAUAAAUCACCUGAAAAAGUUCUAGAUGAUGCGAGAGAGCUGCCACUUGUCGCAGAGCAAGCCAAAAUGGAUGCUGCUAAAAGUCCAUCUCCAGUUAAAACUAAACAACAAUCAGGUAAAAUAUCAUCACCCGAAUUAAGUAAAGCAAGUGAAAAAGAACUAGUUGAGGAAAAAGUCAGUUUUUUGAAAGAAGUAAAGGAAAAAUCACAGGAGAAAGACCAAGAUGACACGAAAGUGUCGCUUAGUGUCGACAAACUAGCCAAACUGGAUAUCGGAAAAGUACCAUCUCCAGUUGAUACGGUAUAUGAACCUGAAAAGCCUUCAUCGCCGGCAUUGAUUGACGCAAGUCAAACAGAAUUGGAUCAUGCAAAGGAUGAAAAACAAACGCAAAAGAGCCCUGUAUUAGAUGAUUUGCCUGAACUUAAGGGUCAUGAUUUAUUGGCUGAUGCUAAGAUCAGUCAUUUGAAGGAAGAGAAAGAUAAAUCACCUGAAAAAGAUCAAGAUGCAGCGAGAGAGAUGCCACUUUUUGAAGAGCAAUCCAAAAUGGAUGCUGCUAAAAGUCCAUCAAUAGUUGAAAGUAAUCAAACACCAGGUAAAUUAUCAUCACCCGAAAUAAUUAAAGCAAAUGAAAAAGAACUGGUCAACGAUAAAGUCAGUUCUUUGAAGGACGUUAAAGAAAAAUUACCCGAGAAAGACCUAGAUGAGACGAAAGUUUCACUUAGUGUCGACAAACAAGCCGAAUUGGAUAUCGAAAAAGCUCCAUUCCCACUUGAUACAGAAAAAGAAACGGGAAAACUUCCGUCGCUGAAAUUAAGUGACGCAAGUGAUACAGAAUUGGAUCAUGCAAAGGGUGAAAAACAAACGCAUCGGAGCCCGGUAAUAGAUCAUGUGCCUGAUGUAAAGGGUCAACAAGAUUUACUAGCUGAUGCUAAGGUUAGUCAUUUAAAGGAAGAGAAACAUAAAUCUCCUGAAAAAGAUCUAGAUGAAGCUAGGGAGAUACCACUUGUCGUAGAGCAAUCCAAAAUGGAUGCUGCUAAAAGUCCGUCUCCAGGUGAAACUACACAAGAACCAGGUAAAAUAUCAUCACCCGAAUUAAGUGAACCAAUUGAAAAAGAACUGGUCGAGAAAAAACUUAGUUCUUUGAAGGAAGAAAAGGAAAAAUCACCCGAAAAAUACCUAGAUGAGACGAAAAUUUCGCUAAGUGUCGACAAAGAAGCCGAAUUGGAUAUCGGUAAAGUUCCACCCCCAUUUGAUACAGAAAAACAACCCGCAAAGUCUACAUCGCCGACAUUGAGUGACGCAAAUGAUACAGAAUUGGAUCAUGCAAAGGAUGAAAAGCAAACGCAGAAGAGCCCCGUAAUAGAUCAUGUGCCUGAACUUAAGGGUCAAGAUUUACUGGCUGAUGCUAAGGUUAGUCAUUUAAAGAAAGAGAAAGAUAGACCGCCUGAAAAAGAUGAAGAUGCAGCUCGGGAGUUACCACUUGUCGUAGAUCAAGCUAUAAUGGAUGCUGCUAAAAGUCCAUCUCCAGGUGAUACUUACCAACAAGCAGGUAAAAUAUCAUCACCCGAAUUAAAUGAAGCAAGUGAAAAGGAACUGGUCGACGAUAAAGUCAGUUCUUUGAAGGAAGUAAAGGAAAAAUCACCCGAGAAAGACCAAGAUGAGACGAAAGCUUCGAUUAGUGAUAACAAAAAAGCCGAAUUGGAUAUCGGAAAAGUUCCAUCCCCAGUUGAUGCAGAAAAACAACCCGCAAAGCCUUCAUCGCCGACAUUGAGUGACGCAAGUGAUACAGAAUUGGAUCAUUCAAAGGAUGAAAAACAAACGCAGAAGAGCCCCGUAACAGAUCAUGUGCCUGAACUUAAGGGUCAAGAUCUACUGGCUGAUGCUAAAGUUAGUCAUUCGACAGUAGAGAAAGAAAAAUCUCCUGAAAAAGAUCUAGAUGCAGCUAGGGAGAUACCACUUGUCGAAGAGCAACCCAAAAUGGAUGCUGCUAAAAGUUCAUCUCCAGUUGAAAUUAAACAACAACCAGGUAAAAUAUCAUCACCCGAAUUAAGUGAUCCAAGUGAAAAAGAACUGGUCGAGGAAAAACUCAGUUCUUUGAAGGAAGUAAAAGAAAAAUCACCCGAGAAAGUCCUAGAUGAGAUGAAAGUUUCGCUUAGUGUCGACAAAAAAGCCGAAUUGGAUAUCGAAAAAGUUCCAUCCCCAGUUGGUGCAGAAAAACAACCUGCAAAGCUAUCAUUGCCGAUAUUGAGUGACGCAAGUGAUACAGAAUUGGAUCAUGCAAAGGAUGAAAAACAAACGCAGAAGAGCCCCGCAAUAGAUCAUGUGCCUGAUGUUAAGGGUCAAGAUUUACUGGCUGAUGCUAAGGUUAGUCAUUUAAAGAAAGAGAAAGACAAAUCUCCUGAAAAAGAUCUAGAUGCAGCUAUGGAGAUACCACUUGUCAUAGAGCAAUCCAAGAAGGAUGCUGCUAAAAGUCCAUCUCCAGUUGAAAUUAAACAACAAGCAGGUAAAAUAUCAUCACCCGAAUUAAGUGAACUAAGUGAAAAAGAACUGGUCAAGGAAAAAGUCAGUUUUUUGAAGGAAGUAAAAGUAAAAUCACCCGAGAAAGACCUAGAUGAGACAAAAGUUUCGCUUAGUGUCGACAAAAAAGCCGAACUGGAUAUCGGAAAAGUUCCAUCCCCAGUUGAUACAGAAAAACAACCCGCAAAGCUAUCAUCGCCGACGUUGAGUUACGCAAGUGAUACAGAAAUUGAUCAUGCAAAGGAUGAAAAAAAAACGCAGAAGAGCCCCAUAACAGAUCAUGUGCCUGAUGGUAAGGGUCAAGAUUUACUGGCUGAUGCUAAGGUUAGUCAUUUAAAGGAAGAGAAAGAUAAAUCUCCUGAAAAAGAUCUAGAUGCAGCUUUGGAGAUACCACUUGUUGAAGAGCAAGCCAAAAUGGAUGCUGCUAAAAGUCCAUCUCCAGGUGAAACUAAACAACAACCAGGUAAAAUAUCAUCACCCGAAUUGAGUGAACCAAUUGAAAAAGAACUAGUCGAGGAAAAACUUAGUUCUUUAAAGGAAGUAAAAGAAAAAUCACCCGAGAAAGACCUAGAUGAGAAGAAAGUUUCGCUUAGUGUCGACAAAAAAGCCGAAUCGGAUAUCGGAAAAGUUCCAUCCCCAGUUGAAACAGAAAAACAACCAGCAAAGCCUACAUCGCCGACAUUGACUGACGCAAGUGAUGAAGAAUUGGAUCAUGCAAAGGAUGAAAAGCAAACGCAGAAGAGCCCCGUAAUAGAUCAUGUGCCUGAACUUAAAGGUCAAGAUUUACUGGCUGAUGCUAAGGUUAGUCAUUUAAAGGUAGAGAAAGAUAAAUCUCCUGAAAAAGAUCUAGAUACAGCUUUAGAGAUACCACUUUUCGAAGAGAAAGCCAAAAUGGAUGCUGGUAAAAGUGCAUCGCCAGGUGAAACUAAACAACAACCAGGUAAAAUAUCAUCACCCGAAUUAAGUGAAGCAAGUGAAAAGGAACUGGUCGACGAUAAAGUCAGUUCUUUGAAGGAAGUAAAGGAAAAAUCACCCGAGAAAGACCUAGAUGAUACGAAAGUUUCGCUUACUGUUGACAAAAAAGCCGAAUUGGAUAUCGGAAAAGCUCCAUCCCCAAUUGGUACAGAAAAACAACCCGCAAAGCCUACAUCACCGACAUUGAGUGACGCAAGUGAUACAGAAUUGGAUCAUGCAAAGGAUGAAAAACAAACUCAGAAGAGCCCCGUAAUAGAUCAUGUGCCUGAACUUAAGGGUCAAGAUUUACUGGCUGAUGCUAAGGUUAGUCAUUCAAAGGAAGAGAAAGAUAAAUCUCCUGAAAAAGAUCUAGAUGCAGCUAGGGAGAUACCACUUGUCGUAGAGCAAUCCAAAAAGGAUGCUUCUAAAAGUCCAUCUCCAGUUGAAACUAAUCAACAACCAGGUAAAAUAUCAUCACCCGAAUUAAGUGAACCAAUUGAAAAAGAACUGGUCGAGGAAAAACUUAGUUCUUUUAAGGAAGUAAAAGAAAAAUCACCCGAGAAAGACCUAGAUGAGACGAAAGUUUCGCUUAGUGUCGACAAAAAAGCCGAAUUGGAUAUCGGAAAACUUCCAUCCCCAGUUGAAACAGAAAAACAACCAGCAAAGCCUACAUCGCCGACAUUGAGUGACGCAAAUGAUACAGAAUUGGAUCAUGCAAAGGAUGAAAAGCAAACGCAGAAGAGCCCCGUAAUAGAUCAUGUGCCUGAACUUAAGGGUCAAGAUUUACUGGCUGAUGCUAAGGUUAGUCAUUUAAAGAAAGAGAAAGAUAGAUCGCCUGAAAAAGAUGAAGAUGCAGCUCGGGAGACACCACUUGUCGUAGAUCAAGCUAUAAUGGAUGCUGCUAAAAGUCCGUCUCCAGGUGAUACUAACCAACAAGCAGGUAAAAUAUCAUCACCCGAAUUAAGUGAAGCAAGUGAAAAGGAACUGGUUGACGAUAAAGUCAGUUCUUUGAAGGAAGUAAAGGAAAAAUCACCCGAGAAAGACCUAGAUGAGACGAAAGUUUCGCUUAGUGUCGACAAAAAAACCGAAUCGGAUAUCGGAAGAGUUCCAUCCCCAGUUGAAACAGAAAAACAACCAGCAAAGCCUACAUCGCCGACAUUGAGUGACGCAAGUGAUAAAGAAUUGGAUCAUGCAAAGGAUGAAAAGCAAACGCAGAAGAGCCCCGUAAUAGAUCAUGUGCCUGAACUUAAAGGUCAAGAUUUACUGGCUGAUGCUAAGGUUAGUCAUUUAAAGGUAGAGAAAGAUAAAUCUCCUGAAAAAGAUCUAGAUACAGCUUUAGAGAAACCACUUUUCGAAGAGCAAGCCAAAAUGGAUGCUGGUAAAAGUGCAUCGCCAGGUGAAACUAAACAACAACCAGGUAAAAUAUCAUCACCUGAAUUAAGUAGAGCAUAUGAAAAAGAACUGGUCGACGAUAAAGUCACUUAUUUGAAGGAAGAAAAGGAAAAAUCAGCCGAAAAAGACCUAGAUGAUACGAAAGUUUCGCUUACUGUCGACAAAAAAGCCGAAUUGGAUAUCGGAAAAGCUCCAUCCCCAAUUGAUACAGAAAAACAACCCACAAAGCCUACAUCGCCGACAUUGAGUGACGCAAAUGAUACAGAAUUGGAUCAUGCAAAGGAUGAAAAGCAAACGCAGAAGAGCCCCGUAAUAGAUCAUGUGCCUGAACUUAAGGGUCAAGAUUUACUGGCUGAUGCUAAGGUUAGUCAUUCAAAGGAAGAGAAAGAUAAAUCUCCUGAAAAAGAUCUAGAUGCAGCUAGGGAGAUACCACUUGUCGUAGAGCAAUCCAAAAAGGAUGCUUCUAAAAGUCCAUCUCCAGUUGAAACUAAACAACAACCAGGUAAACUUUUAUCACCCAAAUUAAGUGAACCAAGUGAAAAAGAACUGGUCGAGGAAAAAGUCAGUUCUUUGAAGGAAGUAAAGGAAAAAUCACCCGAGAAAGACCUAGAUGAGACGAAAGUUUCGCUUAGUGUCGACAAAGAAGCCAAAUUGGAUAUCGGUAAAGUUCCAUCCCCAUUUGAUACAGAAAAACAACCCGCAAAGCCUACAUCGCCGACAUUGAGUGACGCAAAUGAUACAGAAUUGGAUCAUGCAAAGGAUGAAAAGCAAACGCAGAAGAGCCCCGUAAUAGAUCAUGUGCCUGAACUUAAGGGUCAAGAUUUACUGGCUGAUGCUAAGGUUAGUCAUUCAAAGGAAGAGAAAGAUAAAUCUCCUGAAAAAGAUCUAGAUGCAGCUAGGGAGAUACCACUUGUCGUAGAGCAAUCCAAAAAGGAUGCUUCUAAAAGUCCAUCUCCAGUUGAAACUAAACAACAACCAGGUAAAAUAUCAUCACCCGAAUUAAGUGGAGCAUAUGAAAAAGAACUGGUCGACGAAAAAGUCACUUAUUUGAAGGAAGAAAAGGAAAAAUCACCCGAGAAAGACCUAGAUGAAACGAAAAUUUCGCUUAGUGUCGACAAAGAAACCGAAUUGGAUAUCGGUAAAGUUGCAUCCCUAGUUGAUACAGAAAAACAACCUGCAAGGCCUACAUCGCCGACAUUGAGUGACGCAAAUGAUACAGAAUUGGAUCAUGCAAAGGAUGAAAAACCAAUGCAGAAGAGACCCGUAAUAGAUCAUGUGCCUGAACUUAAGGGUCAAGAUUUACUGGCUGAUGCUAAGGUUAGUCAUUUAAAGGAAGAGAAAGAUAAGUCUCUUGAAAAAGAUGAAGAUGCAGCUAGGGAGAUACUACUUAUCGUAGAUCAAGCAAAAAUGGAUGUUGCUAAACGUCCAUCUCCAGGUGAUACUAAACAAGAAGCAGGUAAAAUAUCAUCACCCAAAUUAAGUGAAACAUGUCAAAAGGAACUGGUCGACGAUAAAGUCAGUUCUUUGAAGGAAGUAAAGGAAAAAUCACCCCAGAAAGACCUAGAUGAGACGAAAGUUUCGCUUAGUGUCGACAAAAAAGCCGAAUUGGAUAUCGGAAAAGUUCCAACCCCAGUUGAUACAGAAAAACAACCCGCAAAGCCUACAUCGCCGACAUUGAGUGACGCAAGUGAUACAGAAUUGGAUCAUGCAAAGGAUGAAAAGCAAACGCAGAAGAGCCUCGUAAUAGAUCAUGUGCCUGAACUUAAGAGUCAAGAUUUACUGGCUGAUGCUAAAGUUAGUCAUUUAAAGGUAGAGAAAGAUAAAUUUCCUGAAAAAGUUCUAGAUGCAGCUUUGGAGAUACCACUUUUCGAAGAGCAAGCCAAAAUGGAUGCUGCUAAAAGUGCAUCUCCAGUUGAAACUAUACAACAACCAGGUAAAAAAUCAUCACCCGAAAUAAGUGAACCAUGUGAAAAAGAACUGGUCGAGGAAAAAUUCAGUUCUUUGAAGGAAGUAAAGGAAAAAUCACCCGAGAAAGACCUAUAUGAGACCAAAGUUUCGCUAAGUGUCGACAAAAAAGCCGAAUUGGAUAUCGGAAACGUUCCAUCCCCAGUUGAAACAGAAAAACAAUCAGCAAAGCCUACAUCGCCGACAUUGAGUGACGCAAGUGAUAAAGAAUUGGAUCAUGCAAAGGAUGAAAAGCAAACGCAGAAGAGCCCCGUGAUAGAUCAUGUGCCUGAUGGUAAGGGUCAAGAUUUACUGGCUGAUGCUAAGGUUAGUCAUUCAAAGGAAGAGAGAGAUAAAUCACCUGAAAAAGAUCUUGAUGAAGCAUGGGAGGUACCACUUGUCGUAGAGCAAGCCAAAAUGGAUGCUGCUAAAGUUCCAUUAAUAGUUGAAAGUAAACAAUCACCAGGUAAAAUAUCGUCACUCGAAUUAAGAAAAGCAAGUGAAGAAGAACUGGUCGACGAUAAAGUCAGUUCUUUGAAGGAAGAAAAGGAAAAAUCACCCGCGAAAGACUUAGAUGCGACGAAAGUAUCGCUAAGUGUCGACAAACAAGCCAAAGUGGAUAUUGGAAGAGUUCCAUCCCCAGUUGAUACAGAAAAACAACCCGCAAAGCCUUCAUCGCCGACAUUGAGUGACGAAAUUGAUACAGAAUUGGACCAUGCAAAGGAUGAAAAACAAACUCAGAAGAGCCCCAUCAUAGAUAAUGUGCCUGAACUUAAGGGUCUAGAUUUACUAGCUGAUGCUAAGGUUAGUCAUUUGAAUAAAGGGAAAGAUAAACCAUCUGAGAAAGGUCUAGAUGAAGCGAGAGAGAAACCACUUGUCGUAGAGCAAGCCAAAAUAGAUGCUAAACAACAACCAGGUAAAAUAUCAUCAGCCGAAUUAAGUGAAGCAAGUGAAAAAGAACUGGUCAAUGAUAAAGUCAGUUGUUUGAAGGAAGAAAAGGAAAAAUCACCCGAGAAAGACCUAGAUAAGGCGAAAGUCAGUCAUUUGAAGGAAGAGAAAGAUAAAUCACCUGAAAAAGAUCUAGAUGAAUUGAGAGAAAUACCAUUUGUCGUAGAGAAAGCCAAAAUAGAUGCUACUAAAAGUCCAUCUCCGGUUGAAACUAAACAACAACCAGGUAGAAUCUCAUUACCCGAAUUAAGUGAAGCAAGUCAAAAAGUUCUGGAUCAUAAAAAGGAUGAAAAACAAAUACAGCAUAGCCCUGUAUCAGGACUCGGUACUGAAAUUGACGAUAAGGACUCAGUAAAUGAUAAAGUAGGUCAGUUAAAAGGAAAAAAGGACCAAACAUUUGAGAGAGAUCUAGAUGAAGUGAGAAAAUCGCAUACUGGCGUUGAUCAGGUUAACAUCGAAUCUUUUAAAAUAACAUCCCGAAUUGAACCCAAACAAGAACCAGUUUCACUUACACAUAGUGUAGGAAAAUUAAAAACAGAAACAGACACCAUCACAAAGAUAAUUAAAGAAGGAGAAAACGUGGUUACUCAGACAAUUACUACAGUUACAACAAAAGAAAUUAUAUCCAAGGAUGACGGCACUCCACAAAGCAUUAAAACAACAAUAGAGACAACAACUCUUAGUAAAAGUUCUGAUGGAUCCACUACCACCACAAAAGAUACUCAAACUACUUUGUCAGAAUGCUCUUCUUCCCUGAAAUCGAUUUCACAUAUGGACGUGGACACAAGAAACGAAACAUUGGAAGGUGAUCUUACAACAUCCAGUGAAAUUAACGCCUUGUUAGAUAAUGGAUGUAUUGAAAUCGUUGAAGAUGAUAAACAUAAAAAAAUAUUGAAUCAAUACUCUUCUAACAAAAUGGAAGAUAACAUUCAAGAUUCUAAUAUAGACACAAAUAAAACUGUUACUGUCACAACUACUGACCAUUAUCCCGAUGGUUCAUCGCAAACAAAGGAAGAAAGAAAUGGCAGUGCUUUAAUUCAAAAAGUUGAAAAUGUCAAUAUAACAGAUAUUCCUAAAUUUCCUUUAGAUUCUGUUGAAAAAACUUCAGAAAGGAGCGCAGAUGAAAUAGGAGAAUUAAUCGAAGAUUGUGAUAUUAAAAAUGAACUUAUUCAACAAGGACCCUUGACAAUUAAUCGCACCAUCACAACAAGAACAAGAAAAGAAAACUUACCAAGCGAAAAUGAAAAUUUGAAGCGAAUACGCACUACUGUUGAAACCACAACGGACGACCAAUAUCCUGAUGGGUCUAUAGAGACAACAAAAGACGUCAAGGUUACGAUUUCUGAAUAUCAGAAGGCAUCUGAUAAUGAUUUAGAAGCGGCACUAUUUGGGUUUGUACAGACAGGAAAAACAAAAAGCUCUGUAGACAAAAAAGUCAAUAAUAUUAUUUCUGACAAUGGUGAGAAUAUAAAGCAACAUAUAACAACGAAUAUUAGAAAAGAAGAAUUUAGACAUAAAGAAACAAACGAAGUUGCAGUGAAAACCGUAACGGAAACGAUCACUGAAAAUAUUAGGGAUAAAGUUUCAGUGGAAACGACUAAAGAUGUGAGAACACAAAUGAUGUACUUACCUGUUGGAACAGAGUUUGAAGAAUUGUCACCUGCAGCGUCUAAUGAUGAAUUAUAUCUAAAUACAGACAACGAAGAGGCACCGGAAUCCUUAACUGAAAAAAUACCUAUUCUUACAAAUUUAAAUUUUGCUGACCAAAGUCAAACUCAACACUCGUCUGAUGCAAAGACGAAAAAACGUUCACCUGUUGGCGAAAUUACAACAGACACUGAAACGUUUACGAAAAUUAUCAAAGAAGGUGAUAACGAGGUUAAACAAACAAUAACUAUCGUGACUACAAAAGAAGUUAUCAGCCCUGAAAAGGUCAAAAUAACAAUUGAAACAACAACUGUAAGCAAGGGAAACGAUGGCGUUACGAAAACGACAAAAUCGACGAAAACAACUAUAUCCGAAUUUAAAGAAGAAUUUGAGGAAAUUAUUGAUACCGCGAUUGAGGAACACAAAAAAAUAAGUGGUCCUGAUGUUAUAACUAAUGUAACAGCGAAAUACGACAUUGAUCAAGAAAAUGCACCAGUAUGCGAAAAGAAAGAUAGCGUCGUAAUCUUAAAAGAAAUUAAGGGUGACUCAAAAAAAAAAGCAUCUACAAGUUCCCAUGAAACAAAUGCUAAGAAAACAUGGGAAAAUAAAGAAUUAGAAAAGUGA